AUGAAGACCGCUCAGUUAUGGCCCGUGGUCCUCACAGGACUCUUUACACAAACUGUCGCUAUUGCCGAUGAUGCUGUGGAUAAUCUCAUUGCCUGUCUACCGCGGAUUUCGCAAGAGACAGCCUGCGCAGACAUCUCUUGCAUAUGCCAGGACCAGAGUCACACUGAGAGCCUAUUGAGAUGCCUGCAGCGAGUUUCUGGAGAUUUGAUCUCUGCGAUGCAGCAGACGGCAUCGGUUUGUGCCAACGGCAGUCCGAUAUCCUGGCCAGAACGGACGCAAUCCCGCUACCAGGGCCUGCGAGGUACUGAUCCGUCGUUGAUGCUGGAUGAUACGGGUCCCAUUCAUCUGGUGUUCGACAUCAAUAUCAACCAAGAUAGACGGAUUCUUGGAGGAGCAUCUGCCGGGAACGACGCUCCUCGCGAAGUUCUCGACUGGAAACCCGUUCAUACGCAGGCUUGGAAUCACGAGGACGGUCAAGGUACCCAUAGCUCGAGCGUAUCACCGAAGGUACGAUUGACGGAUGCGUUAGGCCAAACAACUUCAGCGAAUGCCAGAGUAGCUGUCGACAUGGAUGCUGUAGACACGAUUCGAGAAGCAGGUGGAGAGAGAGAAAAUGCGACACACAUCAAACCCAUCACGGUACAGACAAUUCCCGACGCAACCAAUCCAAGGAGCUCCAGUGACCUUUCGGCAUUGGAAGGGUACAACUCUGCAGAUCCACAACUUCUGCCUCCCGAAGCCGUGAAGCAUGAUGGACUGGAGCUACUGGACACAGAGAGAGGAGCUACCGACGUCGCUGCACCAGACUUCAGCGAGGACGAGGCAGGUGAAGACCUAGACGUGGUUACUUUGAUAAGUACCAUAUUCUCGGCGUCAACGACUCGGCCAAACACAUUUUGGCCUACAAGCGCUGCUUCUGGAAUGCACAAUUCGGCUCUUGCCACUACCAUCACUGGCAUCGACAUAUCCCAGAGUGACAUUGUGGGCAGCCCCCACGUAUUGACAACCUUUCCAACACCUGUUCCGCCAAGUUUGUCAUCUGAGUACACCUUGCCAGAGGUUGGAAGCUCGCAACGAACCAGUCCCGAGUCUUUUGGCAUUGAAACAAGUACCACGACAAACAGCGGUGACGAAGAUGGCCCAGGAGAACAAAAUACGCCACUUUCAGAAUCGCCCCUGACAGUCAACGACACCAGUACUUAUUCACCGACGAGCGCCCCAGGUGCCAUUCCCGAUACCUUCGCGACAGUUAUAUCUGCUCAUACUGCGGGGCCGUACAACUACAGUUCACUUAUAGCUGCAUCUCUUGCGACUGAUGAUGAUGGAUCUCCUGAGCCUGUGUUCUUCGAACAUACAGAGGUUACCAGCACAACGUGUACGCAGACGGUCAUCAUAACCGUGCCUGCUCCGACCCCUAUUCCGUCCUCUUCCUGUGACGGAGAUACAGGGCCCUCGGGAGGCCACCAGAACAGCCUGGGUGGGACGGAAGCUCCGUUUCCUAAUAGUCACAGUUGCACGACAACGACGAAUCCGAACCAAACUCCGCCAACUCCAGGAGUCCCGUUAUUCCCAACGGGAGCAACCGUAGCCCCUCUGGACACACCGUCGGGCUCUCGAAGUUGGCUCCCACUCACUCUAAGCUUCUUGAGUUCCCCGCCAGAUUCCUUCCCAGCAAAGGUCUCUACUGGCACAGUUCCUGUGCCACAGCUAGGGAGUCAAGGGCCGGAUAGUCCCGAUGGGGUACCUCCAGCCGGAUCUCUUACUCGACCAACACCAGCCAUCCCGCCAGUGUUUCCGACAGGCAGUAUACCUCCUGUACCGUUGACCAAUGGCCCGAGUACUGGGCCCUCGGUCCCUUUUCAGCCCCCCUCAGUCACGCCGAGCGAGCCAUUGUCAGGAUUUGGCAGGACUCAAACUAUGGGACCUCUACCUAUGAUGUCACCUCCUGGUUCUGUCUCUCCAGCUUCGUUUAUCUCGCCGACACCGAACGCUAUGCUGAGUAGUAGGCUCCCUGUACCCGUGCCGCCGAGGCCAAAUGUAUUGCCGCUGGACAAUACACUGCCCUCCCCCCCGCCGACCAUAUCUCCGGGAACCGUGAAUGAGUUCCCGCCGCCUGGAGGCGGCACUCAGACACUCCCUCCAACUUCACUUGGCCCGGGCUCGAUAACAGUACCGACACUGCCUGGAGGGGGAUCACUGCCGCCCCCUCCAAGCAAUCCCACUCCUCCACGCGCGAUAUCUGCUCAAGCGCCUAUUCAGCCACCACGACCAAGCGUCGGAAGCACCAACCCUACGCCAUCAAGCCCAGGCAACAUCAUAUCCUUUGCACCCCAACAAGGCUCGCAAGCAAACCCAGCACCCGGGCCAAGUCCCACCACUUUUUGGACCAGUCUUACAACUCCCGGCCUUCCCCAGAUAUCCCCACCAGCACUUCCUUCUACGAUAGUGCCUCCCGUGGCAUCGCCGCCGCCUCACACAUGGCCGCAAGGCCCGCCGGGAGUCGCGACGACGACGCCCGACGCCCCCAGAGGUCCGCCAGGCACGGUUUCCCCAAUAACGGUGAUGCUACCAUCAUCUCCAGGCUUGACUUCGAUCCCGAUCACAAUACAAGGCCAAGCGCCGCAGGCACCUCGACCACCACGGCCCUCUCCCAGUGGGGGGUUGACAGAUUCCGUACCCGGCGGUUCAUCUGCCGAGAUCUCAAUCUUCACAACGUCUACCCAGCCGCUCACAGACCCUCAAGCUCCGAGUCUCGCAAAUGGAACAGCCUCGGGUCCACCUCGUCCCACCGGCUCGACGGGUCCCAGCCGACCUACGGCUAUCACGUAUACGCCCUCCCCCCUAGUCAGUGCGAAUCCGGUGCCUGCAGUCGGCCCGCCCCCCGGCGUCGCGACCAUAUCGGGACCGUGGCUUCCUGGCGUCCCUGCCACAAGCAACACGAACCCCUUCACCACGAUGUCAUCCACCAUUGGGUCGAACGGGACGGUUCCGGGAGAGACACUGCCUCCGCCGGCAACUGUGAUCAACCAAGCGAGUCGAGACGAAGGCCCGUCGGCAGUAGCCGUUGGAUGUGCCAUAGUGAUCUUUUUGGGGUUCAACUUGUAA